GGUGAGGUUUGAACUGUUCCAGUUCGCAUUUUGCGCUAAAAUGGACGACUCAAAAAACAACACGUGGCACAUCCAUUACCGGCAACUCGUUACCAUUCUGUGAAUCCUAAAAUGUUUCGACUUUCAAGUUUCAGGGAAUUCCAACGCCAGCACGUUGGACUCGAUCAAACGGAGAAGAUCAUGGGCGCCACCAAGCAAGCGGACAGCAUGAAGCCUAAGAUGGCGGGCAAAGGAAGCAACACCCGUCGUGAUGCUCCUGGAAAGCGUUUGGAGCGGAAGAAAAGGAAGCUUGCAGACAGCUUCCACGGUCCUCUAGCGCAGGAAGGGGGCGAGGCGGAGGAUGACUUUGGCGCGGUGGCGGUCCUGGACCUGGCGGAGGAGGCCGCGCUGGUGGCAGAUGGGGGCAGCGCGCAGGGGGAGUUCCUGACAGGGCAGCCGGGGGAGGGGCAGGGCGCAGAGCCCCAAAAGCGAAAGAAACGGAAGAUAGAACAGGUGAAUGAAAGCACGGCCCCACAAGCAAAGUCGCAGGAUGGACAGGUAAAUGCAGCUUCGAAAAAGAGCAAGAAGAAACGAAAAGAGAGUGACGGGCGCGAUGUAGCAUCCGAUGAGAAGGUGGUCGAGAAGCACGCUGCUUCGAAAAAAGGUGGCAAGGAAAUGAGCGAAUUGCCCAAAGAGAACCCCCGCGCUUUGCCCCUCCCUGAAGCCGGCGCCGACCAUACGGAGCAGGCGGACUGGUUCGGGGGCUGUUUUCGGGCACACUUUGGAGGAGCGCUGUCCAGCCUGGAGCAGGCAGACAUCACAGAUCAGCACAUUGCCAGUGGCAGUCAUUCCGGGGCGCCCCUCGCCCCCCAGCUGAAGGUACUGUUUGGGUCGCGGUGGCAGGAGCGCCUGCUGGGCAGCACCCUGGAGGAGGGACAUGAAGCAGGGAGCCCCACAGUGCUCAUAGUAGCAGCGUCCGCCAAAAGAUGUGUCGAGAUCAUCAAGACGCUUACUGAACUCAAUGCUGGCUGCCGUGUGGCCAAGCUCUUUGCGAAGCAUUUCAAGAUCGAGGAGCAGAUCGAAGUUCUGAAAAAGCGGGUCAACGUUGCAGCGGGGACGCCGAACAGGUUACUGAAACUGACGGAACUAUCGGCACUGAGCCUCAGUUCGCUCGAAGUUCUCGUCCUGGACUUGCACAAAGAUGCGAAGGGAUUGACCGUUGUGGACAUCCCAGAAACCAGGAACGACUUUUGGAACUUCUACCAGCGUCAUGGCUCAAACCGGAUAUCAAAAGGUGAAUGUAAGCUCUUCUUCAAUCUCUGAUUCGUGGGCUCCCUCUGCUCCUGGCAAGGCCCUACCAUCCACUAGUACGUAGGGCAAUCCCAUUUACGAAGUUGGUAAUGCUACAUGGGCAAUAGUCGGACGAUACUUGGAGUUCGCAACAGUGGAUAUCAAUACCGACAGGAACGUCGAUAAUAGUCUUGUAAAAUUUACAGAUAGCUAACCCGGUGACAGUCUGUACACGAGAUCUCACAUUGAUGCAUAUGCAGAAAACCUGACACCUGAAAUUUCUCAACAUUUUGACUGUUUGCAAUCUGGUCAUGGGGCACG